AAAGAAAAUCCAUCCCAACUAAACUUCAAGAUGAAUUCACACAAUGUUAAUAAAUUAAAACCAAGCUUGUUGGCUCCAACACAACCAAUAGAAAUACAGAAAACAAUUAUAAAAAUGAAUAUUUAGCAGAGAUUGUCUGUCUCUUCCUCGCAAGUUACUUGUUCUUGUUCAUUUGAAUGGCUCUUCAGCUUCAGCUUCAACUACAGCUUCCUGCUUCUAUUGGGCGCGUGAAAUCAAUAACGUGCCCACCACGUGCACGAAAAGCCACAACCUUCGCUACUCUAUCACAACCUCGAAGUGAUACCGUGAACUGGGUGGAAGCAACUUCAAGCUUCUUCGACCAAGACAAACGACCCAUCAUGUUAUUUGAUGGGGUGUGUAACUUGUGUAAUGGAGGCGUUAAGUUUGUUCGUGAUAAUGAUCGAAAUAAGUCAAUUAGAUAUGAAGCUCUUCAGAGUGAAGCUGGUAAGAUGUUACUUAGGAGAUCAGGAAGAGCACCUGAUGAUAUCUCAAGUGUUGUACUUGUUGAAAAUAAUAGAUCAUACAUAAAGUCAGAAGCUGUGCUGAAGAUAAUGGAAUACAUAGACCUGCCCUUUCCCCAGCUAGCGUUUCUUUUUAACUUCAUGCCUCUAUUUGUCAGGGAUUUUGUUUAUGACAAUGUUGCAAAUAAUCGUUACACGGUUUUUGGCCGCUCUGAAUCAUGUGAAAUCUAGCAUCAUCCUGGUAUGAAUACUAGUGAUAACUGUAAUGUGUAAUUAAGUAAGUUAUCCUCAAAACUUCGAGUUGAAUAAAUUCUACAUGUAUAUGUACUGUAAAGCUUAGCAAACAUGCUUUAACUUGAUAUAAUCGUUUUACUUGAUGGAAGGAUAGAACGUCAAUUUGUAAUAAUAUCUUCUGUCUCAAAUUGUUUGCAUUUUCAAUUCUAUCAACAGAUACUUCCAAUUUCUUCA